UUGUCUGCUUCGAUCUCCGACGAGACACUUCUCUCUCUCUAGACCUUCCGCCAUCUCUGAAUAAUGUCGGCGAGACCUGAAGGAAGUCCGCCGGAGGUUACGCUGGAGACCUCCAUGGGUCCCUUCACCGUCGAGAUGUAUUACAAACACUCCCCGAGAACUUGCCGGAACUUCGUUGAGCUAUCCCGGAGAGGUUACUAUGAUAACGUUCUGUUUCACAGAAUCAUCAAGGAUUUCAUUGUGCAAGGUGGAGAUCCUACAGGAACUGGAAGAGGUGGUCAAUCCAUUUAUGGUUCUAAGUUUGAGGACGAGAUAAAGCCAGACUUGAAGCACACUGGAGCUGGAAUCUUAUCAAUGGCAAAUGCUGGUCCCAAUACAAAUGGGAGUCAGUUCUUCAUCACUUUAGCACCAGCACCGUCCUUGGAUGGAAAGCACACAAUCUUUGGCAGAGUGUGCCGAGGUAUGGAGGUGAUCAAGAGGCUCGGUAGUGUCCAAACCGAUAACACUGACAGGCCAAUCCAUGAAGUGAAGAUUCUAAGAACCAAAGUGGUCGAUUAGGGAAGACGAGUCUUUGGUGAGGAGCGCAGAAGCAUCAGUGAAACGUUUAUGACAUGAAGAACUGUAACACUCUACUGAUCCUUGAUACUAUUGUAGACUGGUUUUGGUCAAAGUUUUGACUCUACUUUGAUUAUAAAAGAUGGAUUUGAAUCCGUUUAUUUCAUCUUCUAA